CGUAUCAUAGGCAAAGAAGAGAAAUUUCCCAGUGUCGGCGCAGCUCGGCGGCUGUACUGUUGUCAACACCGUGCGAGCGAUUUUAUUCUGUGUCAGCAGGGAUGGUUCUGCUGCUUGCUCCACGCCUCCACCACCAUUGCCUCCCCCUCCUUCUCCUCCUCCUCAGGUCCUCCCUUCCCCUCGUCAUCCCCCUCCUGUGCCUCCCUCCUCUCCUCCAUCAUUCCUGACUCCUCCUCCUCCUCCUCCUCCUCCUUCCCAACAAGGAAGACUGAGUUUUGCAGGAGCUGUGAUGGAUGUCAGUAAGUGGCCCCUGUUCUCCCUGCUGAGUGCUCAGGAACUAGCUGCAGUUCGACAAGCCUGUGUCUUUGGCACCUCUGCCAAUGAAGCAAUCUAUAUCACACAUGGAAAUGAGGUCUUUGCGUUUGGGUUAAACUGCAGUAGCUGCCUUGGUACAGGAGACAGCCUGAGCACUAUUGCGCCAAAGAAACUGGACUUCCUGCGGGGGAAGAAGGUUACCAGUCUGAGCUAUGGCAGUGGACCUCAUGUCCUGUUGGCUACGGAUGAUGGACAGCUGUUUGCAUGGGGACACAAUGGCUACAGUCAGCUGGGGAAUGGAUCGACCAACCCGGGACUUUCCCCGGCGUUGAUCUCCGCUAAUCUGCAGAACAAGAAAGUCAAAGAGGUGUCGUGUGGCUCACAUCACUCUAUGGCUCUCACUCUGGAUGGAGAGGUCUUUGCAUGGGGCUAUAAUAACUGUGGCCAGAUCGGUUCAGGCUCCACAGCCAACCAGCCCUACCCCAGGAAGGUCACCGGCUGCCUGCAGGGCAAGACUGCAGCAGGCAUCACAUGUGGGCAAACCUCCUCUAUGGCUCUUGUCGACAACGGAGAGGUUUAUGGCUGGGGCUACAAUGGAAAUGGGCAGUUGGGAAUUGGUAACAAUGGAAAUCAGCUGACACCUUGCCGUGUCACCGCACUGCAAGGGAUGUGUAUUCAACAGAUUGUAUCGGGCUAUGGGCACUGCUUGGCCCUAACAGAUAAAGGGCUGCUGUAUGCUUGGGGAGCAAAUACCUAUGGUCAACUGGGAACUGGCAACAAGAGCAACCACCUCAGCCCUGUACACAUCAUGGCUGAUAAAGAGAGGGUUGUCGAGGUGGCAGCGUGCCAUUCGGCACAUACGUCAGCAGCCAAGACCCAAAGUGGGCAGGUUUAUAUGUGGGGUCAGUGCCGGGGCCAGUCCAUUGUCCUCCCACACCUCACGCACCUCACCAACACCGAUGACGUCUUCGCCUGCUUCGCUACGCCAUCGGUUAUGUGGCGCCUCAUGUCUAUGGUGCACGAUGACUUCCUGACAGUUGCAGAGGCUCUGAGGAAAGAGUUCGACAGCCCAGAAACGGCUGAUCUCAAGUUCAGUGUUGACGGCAAAUACAUCCACGUUCACAAAGCUGUGCUGAAGAUCAGGUGUGAGCAUUUCCGUUCAAUGUUUCGCUCCCAGUGGACGGAGGAUCAGCAGGAAGUGAUAGAGAUCGGCCAGUUCUCUUAUCCCGUCUACAGGUCCUUCCUGCAGUUUCUCUACACGGACACUGUUGACCUUUCGCCUGAGGAUGCCAUUGGCCUGUUGGACCUGGCCCCCUCUUAUUGUGAAAACCGCCUGAAACGUCUGUGUCAGCAGAUCAUCAAGAGAGGAAUCACUGUGGAAAAUGCCUUCACCCUGCUGUCUGCAGCCAUACGAUAUGAUGCAGAGGACCUGGAAGAGUUUUGUUUCAGGUUUUGCAUAAACCACCUGACCCAGGUGACUCAGACUGAAGCCUUCUGGCAGGUCGACGGAGCAAUGCUCAAGGAGUUUAUCAGCAAAGCUAGCCGCUGCGGAGCCUUCAAGAACUGAGUGGUACUUUUACAUUCCUACAGCCUAAAAAAAAAAAAAAAAAACUUCUGACCAAGGGGAUUUGGUUGUGCUGCAUGUGCAGCAGCAAAAUGCAACACUGCAAGGACUAUUUCAGUCUUCACAUUCCUGUUUUAUCCAGCUCAUGGCAAAAGAGGAGGCCCUUUCUUGAAAUACUUAUUUAUAUAUUUAAAGAAGCACUUAAACAAUGUUAUUCACAAGAUGCUUAAACUGGAAUUUAAGCUGCUUUAUCUGUGGAUCUGAAAUAAGCACUUUGGCCAAACCCUUGGCGCCUUUUCUGUCAAAUUGUGUUCUGUUCUUUAUGUGAUAUGUAUACUUGAAAUUUUCUUUGUUUUUCUCAAACAGUGUUUGCAUUGUUCAUUUACUUUCUGGAAAGCUUCACGUGGGAGACCAAAGAUCUGAAAGGAAUAGUCUACUAUUGAAGAAAUCUCUAGAGAUAUUCUGUUAAAAACACUCUGAUAAUUGACUUAGACUGGCGCUAAUACCACUGUAUUAUAUUGUCACUUUGCAGUAGAGCCCGAUUUAUUGGUGAGCUGACAUUAUUGGCUAACUGGCAAUCUGUCGGUAUCAGUGUUUAUAAACAAAUUCUAAAAAAGUAAAGAGGAGAUGGGAGAAACACCCUUCUGCCAUGUGAUCAUUUGUUUUCUGUAUCAAAAAGAGAAAAUAAAAUAUUGGCAGAUAUAUCAGAUUUAAAAUCACCAAAUAUUGGUAUUGUCUUAAAAAUUCUGUGUCAGUCAAGCUCUACUUUGUUAUUCAGGGAACAGCAGCUCUUAGGAUGUGACUCUUAAAGCACUUGAUUGAUAAAGAGAAACUCAGUCUAAUACAUGUAUAUGACAUACACAGCUGAUCCAGAUCCUACUGUGGUUUGUUAUUGGUCACUUGCUUUGUAAUUGUUCUCUUAGCUGGCCCUUUGUAAAUUUUGGGGAGUUCAAAACUGUUGUUAUACUAUGCUGUAGUCCUCUGUGGCACUAAUAAAGCUACUUUUAACUGCUCCCUUAUUCUCAAGGGGUUGCCACAGUGGGCAUCUCCGCAUGUAUGAUUUGGCAGAGUUUUUUUUUUUCUUUUAGCUUAUUUAAAAUCCUGUGGAAUAGAUAAAACUAAGAAAGCUGCUUUUUCCUUACAUUGCAAGUAAAAUGUGUAAAUUGUAUCUAAGGCAUAUUGUACUAUGGAUGCUUGCUCAGGUUUCUUCAUUACAAGUUCAAAAUACACAAAUAGACAAACUUAGUAGCAUUUUAUCACAAUUGCUGCAGGCUUUUCUGCAGAUAGUGUAGAAAUUGCAAAUGACAUUGCAAAUUAAAGCAAUGAGAAUGCUUUGAGUUUUUUUUUUUUUUUUUUUUUGUUUUUGUUUGGUUUGUUUUAAUUCUGUAUACUUUAUGUUCUGAUGACCAAAAAAACUCCCUGUGGGUCUUAGUCUUUACUUUCUGCUGCAUCACUGGGCGUUGCACAACAGCGUGUUAUUGUCCAGGUCAUCUGCCAGUAAACCAAAUGUGAGAUCAGUUUCUAUUUCCUUGCUAGGUUUCUGUUCAGGGCAUUCAGGGCUUUUGUGGAAUUGCUUUAGGGAAAUAAGGUCUGGGUUUACAGUUUCUUCUUGUUUUGUUUUGUUUUUUAUGAACUGUUCUUUUUUGUUUUGUUUUUUAAGAAGAAAAGCAAACUCGAAGGGUAAAAUUGAUGUGCAUAUUGUAUUGAGACAAAAAAUACGUGUGUAUAUAUGCAUUUUCUAAUGCUUUCAUCAUUUAGUUGACGUUUAUAAACCCACUAGGAAAAUGCUUAACUUCAGCUUACAGCAUUGCAGUAUUUGGUGUCUCCAUUGUUCUAUUGCAGUGACAUACCUGAGACAUACUGUAUUAGCUUACUUUUUUAAAAUUUAGUUAUGGGAAUCUCAUAUUUCUGUGAAGAAAUAAAUAUUCUCUAAAUUUGA